AUGCCCGCCAUCCGUGGGCCCAAGUCGCGCUCGAAAACACGCCGCCACACCCGUGACUUGGACCAGAUUCAUGCAGACGUGAAGUCGAAACGACAUCUAGAGCAAUACCACGAGACCAAAGCGCCGGAGGACCUACCAGGCUUCGGGCAGCACUAUUGCGUGGAGUGUGCUAAGUGGUUCGAGAGCGAGACGAACCUCAUCAAGCAUGCCAAGGGAAAGCCGCACAAGCGACGUCUGCGUCAGCUCAAGGACGAACCGUACAGCCAGAAGGAAGCCGAGGCUGCAGUAGGCUUAACGACGGACAACGGAAAG